CUCCGCUCGCAUCUCCUGUGGGCGGGUCUAAGUCUCGAGGAGGGGAACCGAGGAGGGGAGUCGAGGAGGGGAAAUUUGAGUAUUGAGAAGCCUCUACUGACUCAAUAGCUUUUCACACUCCAGUACUCUUAAGUGGUUUGCAAACUGCCAAUAAACCAAACCGGUUCAAGAACCAUUCUUGUGCUUUUCUGGUGCUUAACUGGUUCUUCUCUGGUCUUAUCUGGUCUUCUCUGGUCCGCCCAAUGCUGCUCUUCUGAGAGCAACCGCUCUGACAGCUCUCUCUAGUCUCUACUGGGAAACAGCUAAAAGUCCUUCUGGAGGCUUUGCAUUUGAACUCCUAUGACUGGUUGCGGACUUGAAGGGAACGCCUUCCUGACAUCCAGGAAAAAGUUUUAUUGGACAGGCAGUAGAGAUCUACUGGAAACAGUGGAGAGGGAGGAGAUGAUAUGCAGCAUACGGCCCAGCCGGAUGGUUGCUGCUCCGUGUGGAACGUGUCCUAUCAGGUGUAACAUCUACCAAUGGUUGUACAUGACAGAGACCUCCUCCACCUCUUUGCUGUCUUACUAGUCAAUCCUUCUGAUCAGGUCCUUUCCUAAAUAGUGAAAGGAUCAUGCCAGCCCACAUCAAACACCUGAUCAAGAACUUGUGAACCUCACUGCUGCGCGACACCUGUGUGAUAUUCGACUCUGACUGGAACACUCCAUAUGACCUGCAGGUUCAAGCUCGGUGUCAUCGUUUUGGCCAGCCUAAGGCGGUGAAGGUGUACCGUCUGAUCACUAGAAACUAUGAGAGGGAAAUGCUGGAUAAAGCUAGUCUGAAGCUCGGGCUGGACCGUCCCGUCCUGCAGAGCAUGAGUGGCAACAACAACGGGCCGGUCCAGCAGUUCUCCAAGAAGGAGAUCGAGGACCUGCUGAGGAAAGGAGCCUACGCCGCCAUCAUGGACGAGAACGUCAAGGCAAUCGCUUCUGCUAGGAGGACAUCGACCAGAUCCUGCAGCGAAGAGCCACCAUCAACACCAUCACCAGUUUGCUUCAAGCAGUGGCUGCACGAGAAAGACGUGGAGGACCAAGAAAUGCUGGCCAGAUUGGCAAAGACCGGAAGAUACAUCACAGAGAAGAUAAUGGAUGGGUUUGCAGAUCGGCACCAGAAGAACGCUCGUGUGGUAUGAAGCUCCAAAAGGGGG